AUGGGAAAAGACAAGUUCGAAAAACAGGGAUUGCGUAGACAAACCAAGGGGGAAAGAAAGAGAAAGAAACACGACCCCAACCCAAAGUCCAAGGUCAUUCCUGAGGACCACAAUGAUCAUGCCCAAGACGCCUUCAAAGGAUGUGAACCGCCAAACCAAACCGAACCUCACGUGGAGACCAAGGCAACAGCUACUAGCGGUAGCGAUGCCGAGGCCUCUGAAAUCACAGACCAAAGCUCCCAAGAUAUGCAUGACUCUCAAGUCGGUAGAAAGAUAGAUGAGCCCAAAAGGAAGCUAUUCCAUCAGCUAUACGCCGAUAAAGAAUCAGCAACCGAAUAA